AUGUCGUCCCCCGAAGCAGCCGGCCAAAAUGAUUCCUCCCAGUACCUGGUCUCCUUCGGCCCCGACGCCAAUUGCACCCUCGCCCUAUGCCCCGUCGAAGCCUCCCUCCAGGGCUACCGGCCCGCCCUAGGUGCGCAAAUCGCCUUCAUCGCCCUCUUCGGCGUCUCCAUGCUCAUCCACCUGGCCCAGGGCAUCUGCUACCGCACCUGGUUCUUCGCCAGCAUGAUGGCACUCGGCUGCAUCGGCGAGAUGAUCGGUUACGGCGGGCGCGUUUUGCUAUACCAGAAUCCCUUCUCCUUUAACGGCUUCAUCAUCGAGAUCUGCGCCAUUACAAUCUCACCCGUCUUCUUCGCCGCCGCCAUCUACGUCACGCUCGCCAACGUCUCGAAUUUUUUGGGCCCCGAAGCUUGCAGGUUUCCGGUCAAGACAUACGUGUGGGUGUUUCUGCCGUGCGAUAUCGUUAGUUUGAUCUUGCAGGCCGUGGGCGGCGCGUUAUCAUCGACUUCGGUGGGUAGUGAUAAAUCGGGCGAGUACAUCACGCUUGCAGGUCUGGCGUUCCAGGUCUUCACUCUUACUAUCUUCACCACUAUGGCGUUAGACUACCUCUUCCGCUACAAAUGGUACCGGAAGUCUCAGCAAGUGAAUCAACGCCGGAUCCUCUCGACGCGCCUCGGGAUCUUUGGCAUUUUCUUCUCGGCAUCUAUUCUCUUUAUCUUCAUCCGUUGCUGCUACCGUAUUGCCGAGCUCGGUCAAGGAUAUAAUGGGUCAGUCUUCCACGAUGAGGGUCUAUUUAUUGGGCUAGAGUCGGUGAUGGUGAUCCUGGCGGUGUUCGCCUUAAACAUUGCUCAACCAGGCUUCGCAUUCCAGAACCGCACUCAGGAGGCCAAUGCAACCUAUGGUCACCACGUUGAACUCGAAUCUAGCUCCGAGCACAAGUCGUCAAAUGUGUUAUGA